GCAGCUUUUUUAAUCUCCAGGACCAGCAGAAGGUUGCCACUACUGAGCUUCUCAACUCCCUCAAGAUUCUGCAACUCCGACCAUUCCAAGUCCCAUCGCCGGCUUUUGCCUCAGAGCUCCAUUCUACUAAGUUUUCAGGCGGAGCCGAGCUCUCGUUAACUGUGUUCAGACGGUUCGCGCCUUCUUAUCAUGUGCGCUUGCCCAUGGCUAACAUGAGGACCGACUCUCCCGUCGCUUGUCGCAUCGUUCGUGCCUUUCUUGACUUUCUGAACUCUGUGGAGCCAGGUCCAGGUGUUGAUGUUGAGGGCAUUGAGGUAGCAAAACAAUGUUUAGAACAAGUGUUUAAAGUUCAGUCUCCUGCUGCCGAAGAGUUAGCGGAGUUCAAUUCGCUAGUAGACAUUUUUAGUUCACCGGGAUCUUUUCAGCGUUCUGGAACUAAUUCAUCUGUUGAUAAUGGAACCGUUCCGAUGGAACAUUGCAGUUCUCUCAAUGUGAAUGAUUCUGGCGCCAAUUUGUCAAAGUCAUCAAGACCUCAGGGGGAUGAUUGUUCAAGAGAAUCUCAUCCCUUGGGAGUAUUGCAAGAUGAACUUUUUGGGCAAUUUGUUCUUGCACUUGAAAAACUUCGAUAUUUUAGGACCUCAGCAGAUGGGAGGGAUGAUCCUGACCAACUCGAGCGAGCAACUCGUUUGUUUCAUGAUGCUCUUGGAGAAAUGGAAAGAUCUGGAUGCGCCGAAAUUAAUCACAAAAACCUGGCUGAGUCCUUGAAGUCCCUUGGGCUAUGCAGUCAAAACUAUUCUCCGACGCAAUUGAGUUGUAUAGUUGUGCAAUCGCACUAUGUGAAAAUAAUGCCAUUUACUACUGUAACAGAACUCCUCAGGGCAGCUGCUUACACUCAAAUCCAAAAAUACUCUGAAGCAACAAGAGACUCUUUGAAAUCCAUUGAAAUUGACCCAAAUUAUAGCAAGGCAUAUAGUCGUCUGGGCUUGGCUUUAUAUGACCAGGGGAGCUAUCGUGAUGCUAUUGAUAAAGGAUUUAUGAAAGCCUUGCAGUUGGAUCCAAACAAUGAAGCUGUCAGGGAAAAUAUUCGAGUAGCUGAACAGAAGUUAAAGGAAGCACAGCGACAAACUCACCAUGAGCAGGGUUCAUCCAGUCGAAGUCAAGAAUCCCAAUACCAGCAGUCUAGUGGAGCGUCAAGGAAUGACAGCCCUUCACCUCCCUUCCCUUCUAUGCCCUUUAAUGGCACUUUACCUUCCGAAAUCUCAAACAUAUUCAUGAACAUGGCUGCUAACCAUGGGCAACAUACCGGAGUCGGGGGAGAAGAGAACAGAAGCGGAAAUGGAUCAGCAGAUGAUCCAAGAACAAAUAUGGAUGCAAAUUUCAGUUUCAGCGUUGGAGAUGGAAUGCCACAGGAUCUCAAUGGUGCUUUGAGAUCUAUGAUGCAGAUGUUCACCGGUGCAGCCCCCGGUGGAAACCCUCAGGAUAACAUCAAUAGAAGACCCCCACAAGGCUGAAACCUUCAGGUCGGUAUGUUGUUGCGCCGGGUCCCCUCUAUUUGACUUUUUUCUUUUUUAUUCAGUUGACUUCGAUUUCCUUUAUAUCUUAUAGGCAUGAAUCUUUGAAUUAAAAAACUAGGGGGCCUUGAACAGAUUCACCCUUCAAAUAAAUAUGCUAGUUCUCGUCUUUUUUAAAGAAAAAAAAGCUAGUGAAUGGUUGUUCUCAGGUACGGUCAAUGGCCGAAAAAUGAACAAUUUAUUCCGUUUUCUGUUAUUUUUGUCAUUUUCGAUCUUAGAAGUGAAUUCGAUCUUUUUGUCCAAGUCAAUUCCUUAACUCGGCCUCUGUCUCAAUUAUUCUUUUUAUAUGCAAGUCUGACC